AUGCCAAACCGCGGAGGUCUCACGGACCGAGAAGCCGCCAUUGACGCGCUCAUCCGGUUCGCGUGGGCGCUCGAUGAGGGUUCCUCCGAGCUGUCUGCAUCGUCACUGACCGAGGAUGCCACCAUGGUCCUUUCCUUCACUCACAAUGGCGCCAUACCUCGCGAACUGACUGGCCGUGACACGAUUGUUGAAACGCUCAUGAGCGCCGUUGGCCGGCCGCUAGACACGACGCACAUGGCGACCAACAUCCGGUGCGAGGUUGACGGCGACAAGGCCGAACUCCAGGCUCAGAUCUUGGCCCAGCAUUUCCGGGGCGGCGAGGGCCUGGGGCCCGAGUUCAACGACUUCUACCUGUUCGGCAACAUCUACAAGUGCAGCAUUGUCCGCGCGGAUGACCUCUGGAGGAUCAGCAAAGUGACCAUCAAGGCGGCGUGGACACAAGGGAACCCUGAGAUCACGCAGAUGCCGAAAUCGAAUCAGUCCACUCUAGUCUCGUGUUUGAAUAGUAAUCUCAAGGACAUCACCGCUCGUAUUUGGCGGCUGAGAGCCAAGUCCACCAGUUUUGGAGUACUCGUAGACGGGGGCUGA